CUCCAUUUUGGAAAGUCCGCAUUGACUCGCACUUUCUCUCUUUUUUUUACUCUUCUUCAUUUACCCUUUUCAUACAUUUCCCGGCCCUCCUUAUAAAACAGACCAUGGUUGGGCUGGUUAAGGUUCCCUCAUCUCACAUCCGGGCGGUACCGUGCAUUUCUGGCAUUCGUCACAAACCCUUACCCAAGGCUGCACUGUGGCUUGACGGAAAUCCAUUGGUGCAGGUUUUGAAUGGAGGAGCCAACUCAUUCUCAGAUAGUCCCCUGGUGGGCGGCGGGAGGCGUGCUGUCACACGUCAUGAGAAGAACUACAAAGGCCUAAAUUUUGGUUCCGGCCAGUCGGGACGGCUAGAUCGCCAAGUGCCAGUUACCGAGAAGUGCGCCUCGUGGAUAGUCCAAGCCCAGUUGUUGCAGGGAGGCCGUUCGACGUCGUUGGAUGGGCGCUGCUGCUUGUCAAGCGUUCGGACUCUCAGACGGGCGCGAGCGCUUUUUGCUAUUCGGCCAGCUCUUGCGGUAAGGCGGCCUUGGGAUCCUGGAUCACCCGAGGAGGUCAUCUUGGACGUCUGUGCGGGCGUACGCUGGUCUUCUUGGGCCCCUCUUUUUUCUUUCCCAACGGUCACCGGCACGGAAAUCCCUGCAAGCCAGAGACAGGCGGACGGGCGGAACAUGCCUCCGAGACCAUUGGAGAAGCAGAUCAGGCUUGUCGACUGUGGCACAGGGCUUGACCCCAGCUGCACGAAGCACGGGGGAGGAGGUGAGGGAGAGGAGAGGAAACGAUUUAGAAACCAGGAUCUAUCCGAUCUAUCACAUGGCGGUGAAUCUGGCUGCCGCGCAUGGGGAUCCCAGGGGAUGCAGAUGGGCAUGAAGAAAUACGAAGAGGUAUUGCAUGACACCCGUCCUAGCCCUGAUCCCCGAUCAGAAGAUGAAGACAGGUCGGCAGCUGCACCCCACUCUGGUGCGGCAGAUCUCCCUUUCCCUAUGCCAUUUGCUGAAUAUUGUUGGCUCUGUGACUGCUGUACGAUUUUAAUCACCGAGCAUCCCCGCCAGGAUGCCGCGGAUCACUUUUCCCACCCCCUGGCCGUGGGAUAUUAUCUCCAUGCUGCAAGGUGUGAGUCAGUAAGGAACUCCUCGCGGCUUGAUAACUGCAUUAACCGGUUGGGAGACCCCCACUGCGUGCAAGAACCGCGAUGCCUACAGAAUCGCCUCGCCACACACGCACACCAGCCACAGGCCUGGCGUCAGCGCCUAAAGGAGCAUUUCCGGAGCCUAUCGUCUGUACCGGGUACAUGGGACUAUGUACGAAAUGUAGGUGGAUAUGGACUAAUGCACGCGCCAUCCCUGAUUCCUCCCAACCAAUCCAGGGCCAUAGCCCUUCCCAGAGCUGCGACAUGUUAUACUACCCAUGGAGCUCUGCCCGAUCCAGUCCGACUGGAAGGCGAGUGUGCAACGCUCGGUCCUCUCAGCUGCACAGUCGGGAUUGUCGUCCCUUGA